UAAUAACAACCCCAAUAGCCAUAUACUCGAAAAACGUUUUCCAUUUAAAAUAUCAGCCAAGCUGUCUGAUGUAACAUGAUUUACGCGCCGUUUCGGGACUGAAUAUGGAGAAGAAUCUGUCAACAAAGUUAUCGUACCGAAAAUAAUCAAUUUGCAUGUUUCAAACAUACGUAACCGUUAUGUGCGAGGCGCGCAACUCUGGUGUAGUUCAAACAAGACAAUGUUUACUCGAUUUUUGCGCGAAAUAUGGGAAAUCGUUAUCAAGUUCAAUCAGCUCGGAAUAUUCGGGGAUAAGUGAUUAUUUAAGCGGCUUGUAAGAGGCUGCCAUUACCAUAUUCCUGCUGUAUGAAGUCGCGGUUGGGCUACUCGUAAUAUAAUCUCGGCUCGAGGAAAUUUUUCUAUUAACAAUUUCAGUAAGACGCGGAGUGUAUAUUUGCAAACGAAUAUCCAUAGACGAAAUCGUUUCUGCUCGAUCGUGCUUGAAAUCUCCUUAACAUUAAUUUGAAUUCUGUGAAGCAAAAUAGUCUGAUCUGAUAAAUCGAAAUGGCUAAUUUCAUUUGCAGCAACAUUUAUUUUCUCUGCCUAGCGAUAUUAUGUAUACGGGGAGAGGAUUCGCUCUCUUCUGAAAUCUCUCUACUCUAUUCAACUAAAAACGAGAUAUUCUUCUUUAAACAGCUGUUGCAGAAUAAAUUGCCUCUUCCUGGGGGCGAAGCCAUUGAUUCCAUAUUCAGCGGCAGUCUUCCAUUUUACGAGAAAAUAAAGCGUGGAUUUGACUUUCCUGGUAUCAAUUCGAUAUUUCAACAAAGAGAAGACACCGAUUUUCCUAAAAUCGGCUCUGUAUUCGGCGAGAAUAAUCCCUUCCAGAAGACAGAUAAAUCCGAGAAAGCUUUAGAUUUUCCAAAAGUCGAUUCCACAUUCAGCGACAGCCUUCUAACGCAGACAAACUUUCAACCCGAUGAAGGUGUAAAAUCCGCUGUGCAGAAGGCAGAAGAUGGAACUUACAACUACGUGUAUUUCGUGCAAGUCAAACCUAACGCAUCUGCCAGAUCAAUUAUUGUUGCAAAUAUUAGAUGCAACUCUGGCUACAGAAAGGACAAGAUGGGCAAGUGCCGAAAAAUGCUGUGAUUCAUUUUUUUUUU